CGAAAUCGAUUAUACUUCCAUCUCUAGACAGGUGAGCGCAUUUUAAAAACAUUUCAAUCAGAAGAAAACUUAUUUAACCAUGCGCCAUUCCAGCAUGAAGGUUGAUCUAUCGAACUUUUUCAAGGACGAACGUCGACAUUCGUUGGUUUUCAUCGAUGCAGCAUGGAAAAACAUCAAGGACCUCCAGGACCACAUACAAAACCUCUUCAGCUUGGAGGACAUUAGUCUGCUCACCACAGAUGGAUGCUUUCUGCCCCCGAGGGAGUCUAUCAAAGUACUAAAGUCUGCUGAAGGACUGAAAGCCUUUCGGUUUGUCAGUCGCGAUAAUAAUACAUUUGUGAGCCCUGCUCCUGUAAAAUGCAGCAAAAAGCGAAAGAAUCGAUCCGCCGAUGAACAGGUUCACCUAUCCGCCUCCACUCCCCUCCGACCAUCAAAGCGCUCCAAGAACCAGAGCAACACAGAAUGGCUCGAAAUUGCGGCAGAACCAUCUUGUGUGAAAAUAGAUGAGCUGGAUGAUGAGGCUCCUGGACCGUCAAUGAGCUUGAAAAACAAGGACGCUACAAAAGCCCCUAACAUGUCAGUGAAAAUUGAGGCAGAGAACAAGGAAUCUGUUCCUCAGACUCAAAAACGAUCCAUGCGUAAGAAACGGCCUAAAUCGCCCGGUGGUACUGACCAGGAAGAGGACGACCCUGCUCCUCUGAGUAUUUCUCGAUACUCGGUGAAGGAAGGCAAAAUGUCAGAAGGCAAGAAGCAAAAGAAAGUGCCUGACACUCUGUCAGAAAAAUCUGCUAUGGUAACGCUGCAGGAAGACAAAACUCCAGAGGAGCAACAAGAAAUGCCAGCGAAACUAUCUCAACUCAAAGCUGUGGACCAAAUUGAGAAGGGUCUUGGGAUAUCUACUAGUCUCCCAUCCAUCUCCUUCCGCUCACCUCUCUUAGAGAUGUCCGAUAAUGUUCCUCGCAUAUUUCAAUUUUCAACUAGAAAAAACAAAGUAGAAAUUCUGGAAAAUAUAAAACUUGCGCCCAUCAACGCAGGUUUUUUGCCGCAGAAGAAGGCUAAGGGUGAUGAUACGGCUAAACAAUCCCCAAGUGAUGGGAAAGAUUCAAUUUUAGAGUUCGAAUCCGAAACUGUACGCGACCAAGAAUCUCCAAAUGUCCAAAAUAAAGAAACUGUAUCAGCAAAUGCAACUUUUUCCGAAGACAUAAUUGAAACAUCAACUCUUCCGGUGUCCACAACAGGAGUUGAAUUUGCUUGUCUAGACAAUGCGACUGAAACUGAGACCACUCUUCCGUCCGAAGCUGAUGCAACUAAUCCACUUGAAUUUACUGAUUCCGAAUUACAUCUGGAAGAAGCAUCCCAAUCCGAAAAAAUUAUGCCACAUGACGCGAAUGCAUCUUCGAUUAAAAUUGAAGUUGAUUCUAAGGAUGUUAAGCCGCCGCCAGUACGCAAUUGUGCUGAACAACUGAUAUCCGAUUCCGACGACGACGUGAUGGUGGUAGACGACUCCAAUAUGGACGUUUCAGACUCUGAUUCGGAUAUAGAGCCAGUGCCAGUCGUAGAAGAUAGGCGGUACUUAGACAUGAUAAAGGACCUAAUGCGAAAUGCAACUCCGCUCACGGGUCUGCCCACCAGGGGCGAUACAAUUCUAUUUAAACUGCUGAAGAUCAAGGGAAACGCAAAUUCAGGAACAACCGAGUUUAUCUCCGGGAACUGCACUUACGUCAACCGGCGCACCAAAAUCUUCACAGUAGAACCAGAAACAUAUCCCCCCGAAAUCGGACGCAUAAUGAGUCAAUAUUAUAAGAGUGGCUUGGACGAGUCUUCUGAGGAUGUGCGUACAUUAAGUAUUCAUCUUCAAGAUAUGAAUGAAGCCAAAAUCGUUGUAGCCACAAUCGACUGAUUAUUAUGUGUACAUUCUUGAGUUCUAUUUCCAGGGUUUCGUAAAUUUAUAGCUUUUAAAAUACAAACGAUUAAACAACAUCUAUAUGUAC